ACUUUCGCAGCGAACAGCAUUCUACCCCCUUCCAACGCUGCGCUCCCAUCAUCCAUCCACUCCUCUGUUUCCCCACCACUCAGUCCCCUCUCCCAAAUUCCCGAGCGAGACCUCUCCAAGGAUCAAGCGAUCAGGAUGAGUAACGCGGCCGAGGAAACCAUCGGAGGCUGCGACGGCGGCACCGCAGCGCCGGUGGUGGUGGUGGAGCGCGUGGUGACGGUGGAGUACCUGGAGCAGUCCAUGUCGCGGGAGCUGCUGGGCAAGUUCCCGGACUCCUCCGCCUUCGACUUCGACUACUCCCAGAGCGGCAUCUGGUCCCCGCUCAACAAGGUCCCGCGCGGCUCGCCGGCUCCAGCCUCCCGUGCCGGCGGCGCCUGCGCGGCCGACGCCGAGGCCGCCGCCUCCUCGACGGACUUCCUCAUCGCCAACCCGAAGCGCAGGGCGAGGGCUGGCGGCUGCUGGCUCAAGGACUCCGGCGCCGGCGGGAAAUCCAGGUGGCGGCGCCGGCGGCUGCGGCGCGACGGGUCCUUCCUCGACCUCCACGAGACGGGCAGGGCCAGGCUCGACUUCUCUCCGCCGGCGGCGCCUUCCCCUGCGAAGGAGGGCUGGAGACGGGUGCUCAAGGCGGCCAUCAGGAAGUUCAAGGCGCAGCAGCGGCGGUCCCGGCAGGCUCCCCUGCUCCAGAUGAUGCUCCCCAUGCUGUGAUCGAUCGAUCUCGCGCGCUCCCACGAUUUGCUUGUUUUUGUUUGAUUUGUUCGGUCCAAUUCUUUAGAUUGAAUAUGGACGCUGUUCCACGCAGCCACGCUGUGCUUUGUAGUAUAAUUCCGUUCAGAUUUGUUGUAACCGUGCAGCUCUUGGUGGAGAGUAUGAUUUGGUACAUUUUUUCAUCCACUUUUCCCGGCAUUUACCACCUGAAGAUGGACUAGCCGAAGAUGCCGGGAGUUCUUCAUACAGUGUCCAUGAAAAUGAAACACGGAUGAAGUCGAUAGUUUAUUCUUAUUGAUCAUUCAAUGCUAAUCUCCUAUGCCCAUAUGUCUGGGCUAUCUGUUA